AUGGCGGUUGCCUCGCAGCAGUCGCAACCAUCUUCGCAGCAAUCCUUUUCCAUAAGCCAACCGUCUUCGCAGACCGCCAACGUUUCCGCAUCAGUCUAUCGCCAAUACACUGACCCGCCUCCCAGACUACCGACCGAUCCCGUCAUGUCAAUUUACUCGGCCACGUACUCCGGCGUGAACGUGUAUGAAAUGGAGGUGAACUCCGUUGCCGUCAUGCGGCGACAAAACGAUGCGUGGCUCAACGCUACCCAGAUCCUUAAGGUCGCCGGGGUUGACAAAGGCCGCCGCACGAAAAUACUCGAAAAGGAGAUUCAGACGGGCGAGCACGAGAAGGUGCAGGGCGGCUAUGGUAAAUACCAGGGCACGUGGAUCCCGUUUGAGCGCGGUCUCGAAGUGUGUCGCCAAUACGAUGUCGAAGGGCUGUUAACAAAGCUCCUAACUCACAAUCGUGGUGGACCAGAGGGGGGGGCGGGUGACGUUGAUACGCCCACCAAGGAGCAGGCUAUGGCGGCGCAAAGGAAGAGGAUGUACAAUGCCAGUUCCCAAGAAAAUCGUGGGAAUGGCUUAGCGGGGACGUUUUUUAAGAACAUAUCGUCCACAGCAUCCCAUGCCGUCGCUGCCAUUAGCAAGGCCCGAUUCGACUCUCCUGCGCCUAGAAAUCGCAGUGGCCCAACUCGAGCGCCUAGCUUCAACCGCCAAUCUUCAAUGCAAGAGGCGAACGAGCUCCCAGCAAAUUCGCAACAGAGCUUUGUUUCCGACUACGGGCAGAACACCGAGUCGGCAUUUGGGUCCCAGACCACCCAGCCGCUCAACGGCGGCGACAGCUUGGAGCAACCUCCCCGGAAGCGCCAAAGGGUGCUUACUCCCGCAAACAGUUUCGGCGGGCUAACCCCGACAUACCCGCCAUUGGAGUCUUACGCCGCAAACUUUCCCGGUUCUCCGACUGAGCCGAACGAGUCGUUCAUAUACUCGCAGGCUGGCCUCAAUAACGAGCCGGAGCCCCAUUACGGGCCCGGCCCGCUCCGGCCCCUGCCAUAUGAGAUGUCGCCCGAGGCUGAGGCAAAAAGAAGCAUGCUAAUGGGUCUUUUCAUGGACCCCAACGGCCCGGACGAGUCAAAGCAAAACGUUCUGCGCAACAUGACCCCCCAGCAGCUAGAUGCGCCCAUCGAUACGCAGAGCCAUACGGCCUUACACUGGGCUGCGACCCUAUCCCGCAUGCCUCUUUUGCGGUCCCUUAUUGACGCUGGUGCAAGCCCAUUUAGGGUGAAUGCUUCGGGAGAAACUGCUCUGAUGCGUGCCUGUGUGGUGACAAAUUCUAUGGACCUUAAUACCUUCCCCGAGCUACUUGAUGUGCUGGGUGGCACGAUUGACGUCACCGACGACAAAGGGAGAACCGUGCUACACCACAUUGCUGUUACCAGCGCCGUCAAGGGUCGGAGCAUUGCCAGCAGAUACUACCUCGACAGUCUUCUGGAAUGGGUUGUGCGGCAAGGGAGUGCCCCCAGCAGCCAGAAUAUUCCCAACAGUAACGGUAUCAGCGCGCCUGCGAGGAUGGGCAUCGGACGCUUCAUUAGCGAGAUUGUCAACGCCCAGGACCACAGCGGCGACACGGCCUUGAACAUCGCCGCUCGCAUUGGCAUACGAAGCAUCAUCUCGCAGCUUCUCGAGGUUGGUGCGGACCCAAACAUUGCAAACCGUGCCGGCCUUCGGCCCUUGGACUUUGGGAUUGGAGCCGAAGCGGGUGAACAGGCCAAUGGCGAGUCCAACUUGGAAAGAAACGGCGUUGCGCAAGGCUCAAGUCACAAGAGCAGGGAAAAUAGCGACGACGUGGUAAAUUCCAUCACACACCUUAUUGGCGAGACAUCCUCGCUUUUCCAGGCCGAGCUAAAGCGGAAGCAAGACACGAUUGCCUCUCUGCACAACUCGCUACGAACCACCUCGGGACAAGUUGGUGAAGCUCGCCGCACACUUGAAGCCCUGCAAGAAAAGCUGAACGCGCAACAACUUGCGCGCCAAAUGGUGGUCAAUCUCAAAAGAGCCUGUGACGAGGAAGAGUAUCGGCUAUUGCAGGUUGAACAGCGUCAUGGACGGCUAGACGUGGCAAGUGCAAACGCUUGGGAAAUGGAGCUUGAGGCGGCGCUCAAAGGCGCGUCGAACCCCCAAACGCAAGAUACACCGGGGGUCAACGGCCACAGCCCGGGGCUCCCAAGUACUGCAGUACUCCGCGCUAGAAUCAACGCCCUUCGCAGUAGCUCCACCCAAACACGACAGGCGGUGGCAGCUCUUCAGGCGAGGAGUAAAGAAAGAGAGCUCAAAUAUCGCCGCCUCGUAUCGCUCUGUACACGGCAGCCAGAAACAGAGGUGGACACGCUGCUGGAUACGCUGACGAGAGCGGUAGAGUCAGAAAAGGGCGAGUUGGAAAUUUCCAGAGUCCGGAGGUUCUUGGGAGGAGUCGAGGGCGUCGUGCACUAG